UGCCCCGGAUGUAUUGGCCAGGGACAGAAGGCAGCGGCUAGGUUAGCUGUGGUCUGUGUUUGAAUGGAACAGUCUUUUUGCACAUUAGCGUGAAUUUAAAGUGUAUUCAUAACUUAACUAACAAUGGAUAUGAACAGAUAAUUGAGGUAACCAAAGCGAGUAACGAGGAGGUAAAUUGGGCUCCCUAAAACAGCCUGUAACAGUUAAGUUAGCAUAAAACUACCUAGCUCGCUACUAGCCAAACGUUUGUUAGCAUUGUUUAGGAAUUACAGCCAUGACUCUGGCAGUGGACCGAGAACCUAGAAAGACUGCGGGAAACCGCAUGUCAAAAUUACUGGAUGCCGAAGAAGAGGACGAAUUCUACAAGACCACUUACGGAGGCUUCAACGAUGAAUCAGGAGAUGAUGAGUAUCACGGAGAACAUUCGGAUACAGAGGAUGAGGUGGACAGCGACUUUGACAUCGAUGAGGGCGACGAGCCAGACAGCGACCAGGAGGAGGAUGCACCUCGAAGGAAGAGUCGAGUUGUCACUAAAGCAUAUAAGGAACCGAUAAAGGUGGCAAAACCCAAACCCAAAAGACCCUCCGAGGAACAGAAGAAGACUGAGAAGGUUAAAGUGGAGCUCAAGAGGAGGAUUCCACAAGAAUUCCAAGAUUUUGCAGAGACGCGGAAGUCUGUGCGACAGUCCACCAGCGAACAUACCCGAAAGACCAAUCUGCGCCUGCAAGAGCGUCAGGAUGCCCCUCGGAGACGGAGAGGUGCUCAUCGUGACCGGCCUCUUACCCAGGAAGAGCUGCUGGCUGAGGCCAAAAUAACAGCUGAGAUCAACAUUCGAUCUUUAGAGAACUAUGAGCGUCUGGAGGCGGACAAGAAGAAACAAGUCCACAAGAAGCGGCGUUUCGAGGGACCAACCAUCCGUUACCAUUCAGUCUUGAUGCCACUCGUCUCUCACUCAGUCCUAAAAGAAGAAAAUGUGGACGUUGAAGGGUUGGAUCAGGACGUCCCUCAAACUGCACCACAAAAUCCCACCACACCGUCCCAGCAGCCUGCCGGAGGCCUGUGCUCCCGUACUUACAUAACCUUCAGUGACGACGAAGCUUUCGAGGCGGCCUUUCCACACAGCGCCCAGCCGAGUCCUCAGCUGCCCAUCCAGGAGGUUUGUCCUGUCACCCACAAGGCCGCACUGUACCGAGACCCGGUCACUGACAUACCUUAUGCUAACACACGAGCCUUCCGCAUCAUCCGAGAAGCGUACCGUAAAUACGUGGCUGCUCAUGGAUUUCCAAACACUUCCGGUGGGGUUACGGGACUUGACUCAUCAGCAACGAAGGGUUCCCGCCAGAAAAUGGUUGUAAAGCAGACUGCUAUGGCGACAUAGAUUAAUUUCAAGAAGAAUUUAGGAAAUAUGUUGUCCUUUUUAAAACGUUAUAGCUCAACUAGAGUGACUUGAUUAAGGGACAUGAGGAAAAGCUAUAACCAAGACGUCUGUUCAACACCAUGGGAUAAAUACCUUUUCGAUCUAGUUUCAUCUUCAUCCACACAAAGUAUCCUUGGCACCAGAGAUUUAUUGUAAAUGAUGUUUGGGAUUCAGCAGUUAAUGCUAAUGUUAAUGUGACUGUUACAUUACAGCUGUUGAAGCAAUUAAAGGCAAAUAUGUUCAGUUCACUGUUGACUGGACAACAUAAAUUUACAGGACAUAUCUUAGUAAAAAACAAGUAGUACCACAACUCCAUCUGCACAGAGGCAGCUUUUGGUUUUUUUCUUUUCCCUACAAUAAAAUGCCUUUUUUACUGUCCAUAUAUUUGGUUUCUACGUAUGUACAUAUUUGUCAACAAAAAUAAAUGUUUGAAACUUGGA